GUAUGUUUGGUUUAACUAAGGUAGAAAGUUCGUUACUGAAAUGUGCGUUUGUUUUGAGGUCAGUCUUUGCGUUAAUAGUAGUAAGUGACUAUUAUUUCUUUCCAUAAGACGCAUUUAGUCUUUCAGUAGUCUUCUUCCUGAUCAUGCUGCUGACGCUUUUAAACCCCCGGAGGAACCUUACGCUGGAUGGGUGGAUAAGAUUACCCGAAUAUUCUUUCAGGGGUUUUGCAAAUGGGAUUGCAUUUAUUUUACUUUCAUCGCAAACUACGGUUAUAUCUUUGAAAAUAGCCUUGUCUUUCUCCCUGGUUUUCCCAUGUUAAUAGGCUUAUUAGGUCGUUUGGCUUUAAGAGUUAGUGUACAUUCUCUGAGUUUAUCUUCUUCAAUCCUUUUAUGUGGAUUCUUGUCAAACUUUGUUUUAAAUCUAGCCUCUGCAGUUUUUUUAUACCGCCUAGGAGUUAUGAUACUGGGUUCUGUAAAAGUUAGUUUUCUUGCUUCGUUACUAUUUUGUUGUAAUCCAGCUACAGUGUUCUUUUCAUCACUUUACUCUGAGUCAUUGUUUUUCUUUUUUACCGUUUCUGGGUUAUAUUUUAUGUAUGUCAACAAGAUCUUAUUGUCUUCUUUGUUAAUCGCGUUUUCUGUUAUGUGCAGAAGCAAUGGGUUGCUAAAUAUAGGAUAUUUAGGUUACUUCAUGGUCGUUCGUUCAAACUUCCGGGUGCUAAUAUGGAUAGAUGAAGUUCAAAAAACCAGAAAGUCCUUCAUAUCUUUCUUGCUCUUGUCCAUCAAGUGGUGGGUCAACGUUGUUGUUUUCUUCAUGCCACGCCUUGUGUUACUCUUUUUAUGCUCUCUCCCUUUUUUAUUGUAUCAAACCUACGGUUACUUUUUAUAUUGUUCUCGCGUGCAAUCGUCUCACACUGUAUUUCCGUCAAAAAUUCCUGUACCACUGCUUACCUAUGGCCUGGAUCAUGGCUUAUCAAUACCAGUUCGCCUUACAAACCAAUCUAGUUCUUCUCACUUACCAGUUUGGUGUUCGUUUGCACCGCCAUUCUCAUAUUCUCAUAUACAAAAGAGUCAGUGGAAUGUUGGGCUGUGGGGAUAUUACCAGCUACGGCAAAUUCCAAAUUUUAUUCUGUCCUUACCCGUAGUUACUUUAUGCUUUAUAUGUGCGAUUAUGUUUUACCGAAGAGCUCCAAAAGCAUAUAGAACCUUUGGGCUAUGUGCAGAAUGCGAAAUGGACCGUAUCAUGGUGCCGUAUGUGUUUCAUAUGCUGUUUUUGUGCUCUUACGGGGUUCUCCACAUAAAUGUUCAAGUGUUAACACGUAUGAUAUUUUCAUCCUGUCCUGUUAUCUAUUGGUUUUGUGCAUAUCUUCUUUGUGAAACGUUGCCUAAUUUCGAGCCAUUAAUAAUGAAUAAACACAAUAGUAAUUCUCUGAUCAAUAUUAGAUUUGAAUUGUAUCAUUAUUUAGUAGAUAUUUAUAAAGCAUUAAAUCCUUUUCAAUAUCAUUUAGUAAAACAUCGUAUUGUGCUUUGUUAUUUCUUAAGUUAUGCUAUUAUAGGCUGUAUUUUACAUCCUAAUUUUUUACCAUGGACAUAGUACCCCCCCUUUUUUUUCUCUUUUUGUGUUUUCUAAUAAGAUUAAUCAUUAUAAUAACUAAAAUGGUUUAUAAUUUGAUUUUUAAAAAUUUUAAUUAACCAGUAUCUUGUGGUCAAUUGUUAGAUUUCUCCUGUAGAUUGGUAAGACAAUUUGUUUAUAUUUAGUGUCUAUUUACUGUCAAAUGGUACAUGGUGUAUUGUGUAUGUAUGUAUGUAUGUAUAUGUGUGUUUGUGUGAGUUGGCAACCUUUUCUUUCUUGUAUCAGAUUGGAUUUUUAUUAUUAACCGAUUACAUAACGUUGUCUUCAAAUCUGUUAUAUCUUUUACUCCUGUUGAUCUUCUAAUUCUAUUGUUUUAAAGAAAAUAUUGUUAAACUGAACAAUAGCCAUUCAGUCAGUCAGUAAGUCAGUAACAAUGUAAAACUUCGUACGUACGUACAUCAGUCCGAGUUGCCACACCACAAUAGCCAUUCAUUUGGUACUGAUGAUUUUUAUUUUCAACUAUAAAACUUAUGGAUUAGUGUAAUGCUUUGAUAAAGAACUAAUUGAAGAGAAAUAUUUCUUCACUGAACUUGUGUUUUUGAUAGUUAAGAUUGAUUGAUAGUUCUAUGCUGGAGAUAAUGCUAAGAAUCCAGAAUAGAGGAGGUGAUGUUACGGUUGUUAAUAGUCAGAUUUCCAGAAAGAAUUAUGGAAUUGUGAUGAAGAUAGUAAAUUAUUCUAUAUUUAGAACUCAAAUUAAAUCAGUAUUUGAACACUAAUAAGACUAUAUAAGCGUGAAAACUUAAAAGGGUUAUUCGAUUACAAUCAUAAUCACCAUAGCAAGUGAAAGGUUCACCGCCUUAUUAAUUAUUUUGAAUGUAUGGCUAAAUUUGAUUUUGUGUCCAUCAAGACCCUGACGAUUGAACUUGUUUAGAGUUUACUAACUUUCAGACAGGUCCCUUGGAAUGUGUUUAAGCUUCUACCGAAGUUUACGAACACGUAUCUUUAUAAUCAAAUGAUCUUUUUAAGUUUUCUGUCUUGCAUGAUAUUGUUGAUGCUCAAAUAUAAAUUCGACAUGUUCCAACUACACAAUUGUAUAAUAAUUUACUAUUUCCACUACAACUGUAUAGUCUUUUUAUAAAAAGUCUGAUUAUUAGAAACUAUGGCACUACCCCCUUUAUUUUGUAUUAUUAUUGUUAUUACUAUUAACAUGUAGAUAUUCGUUAACCUUAACUAUGUUCAAUCAAAUAUAUCAUAUCUUGUUCUUUUACCUAU